UUAACUUUCAUGACUAAUACGCUGACACGUCCACGUCAUUCUACAUUCAUUGACUGAUGUCCUUUGCUCUCGACGCGCUCAUCGUCCUUACAGGAUGCACUCAUGUCUUGCUAGCUCCUUACAACAAAGUAGAAGAAAGUUUUAAUCUUCACGCCGUGCAUGAUGUGCUCAUGCAUGGGAUAACAAAAUUGGACCAAUACGAUCAUUUCACCUUCCCCGGAGCAGUGCCCAGGACUUUCAUAGGAAGUGUUCUGCUGGCUUGGGUGUCGUAUCCAGCAAUCCUGUUAGCGAAUUCACUCGGAUUCGUUACAAGUAAAUUCGGCUUGCAAAUUAUCGUUCGUCUGAUCUUAUCGACACUCAACGCAUUAGGCCUAUGCUAUCUUCGGCACGCCGUUUCUCGUCGCUUUGGGCGUCCGACUGGGUUAUACUUCACUUUCAUCACUAUAUCACAAUUUCAUAUGCCUUUCUGGAUGGGUCGCACGCUGCCGAACAUGUUUGCUUUAUUCCCAGUCAAUAUUGCCUCUGCCCUUCUCCUCUCGCGCCCUCCUAAUUCGCUCAAACCUUCGUCAACGAAUGUGUACACCGCAAUAGCACUAUUAACGUCGACUGCCGUCAUAUUUCGUGCCGAGCUGGUGCUGUUGUUGGCUCCUCUCGUUCUGCAAUGUCUGAUCCUGAAAUACGUGCCAUUUGGUGGAGUUGUCAAGUUAGGAAUGAUCGUUGGACUCGUCUCAACUGCCGCAACCAUGGCCGUCGACUCAUACUUCUGGAAGACGGCCUCCUUCCCGGAGCUAUCGGGAGUUUAUUUCAACGUAUUUCAAGGGAAGAGCUCUGAAUGGGGUACUUCACCGUUCUGGACGUACUUUUACCCGAUGUUACCCAAAUCUCUUCUCUGCGCAUUACCUUUGGCGUGCUUGGGGUAUGUCAUGGAUUCCCGCAUCAGAGAGGUUCUUCUACCACAUAUUGUAUUCGUUGGCCUCAUGAGUUUUUUGGGACACAAAGAGUGGCGAUUCAUUGCUUAUGUUGUUCCGGUGUUCAAUGUUGCUGCAGCAAGGGCGAGCAGAUGGAUGGUCUCUCAACGAAAAUCGACGCAACUUGGACGGUGGUGCUUGUUCGCAUUUUGGUUCAUGAUUUGUGUCAACGCGGUUAUAACGGCGGUUUUCACGAUGACGUCGAUUACAAACUAUCCUGGUGGAGUGGCUUUGAGGCAGUUCAACGAAGCAUAUCCUCCUCUCGGGCCACACGCGAAAGCUUACCACGUACACAUCUCCAAUCUGGCGGCUCAAACUGGGGCUUCCUUAUUCCUCCAAGAACAUUCCCCUCCGUUCCUUUCUUUCUCAUCGCAAAAUCAAAUCCCAACGUAUCCAUGGACUGUGUACGACAAAACCGAAAACCUGACUCUUGAGGAGCUCUCUGGAUCGCUGAAUAUAACUCAUCUCAUUGCGGAAUGGAGUCCUGUAGAAAUGAAAAGCCGGAUGAGGAUUUGGCGGGUAGUCGACCUAGAUGUGAACGGGGACCCCCACAACACCAGUCCCACUGGAUUGUCAGGAAUCGUGAAACCAGGAAUAAUCGUGUCCCGUUUCUUGACAGUCAAUUGGGACGUGGUCAGGGCUGCUAGCAAGUUUAGGUUCAAAGAAGCGUGGAAGUUGAUCGGUGAAAGUGGGUGGAGGAGUUUGGUAUGGAUGCAAGAAGAACCGAGGUUAUGGAUUUACGGACGACGGUAGGCAGUGAUGCAGAAUGAAAAAUUGUGUGCCAGUUGUCUUCGGUGAAAUUCUAGCAGAGUGAUUCUGCCAGAUGAACGUACUUUCCCUAAGACGGACUCGUAGUUUCGAAGCUUCAUAAAAAUUGACAACAGGAAAUCCACGUCU